CCACAAACGYUCCGCUUCUGCCAUCGACAGAUAUUUUCAUCAUCAAUAGGUACGGUUUUCUUUCCGGCUCAUGCAGAAUCCAAAAAGUGAUGGCUUACUAAACAAGAAAUCGACUCGCUCCGUCAAGUGAAGGGAUCYAGGCAUAUUGGAUAACACGAGUGUCCUACCACACAUAGGAUCGUGGCUGAUAUUUCCCUUUGUUCUCACCACUGCUAUUUACAAUGCUACUCCCUCUGAAUCUCCUGUUCUGGGUCCAGCAUCCUCCAAUACGAUGAGCAGCAACCCCUCRAACGAGCCGGCGCAGGCCGGGCAACCACAGGCUCGAUACAACGGCCCCGAUCCAAASGAGAUGACCCCAAAGCAAAAGGAAAUCCACGAYUAUAUACUCGCGUCACGCCCCAGAACGGGCCUGAGCGGACCCUUUGGUCCCUGGAUGGCGGUCCCGGAAAUCGCCGAACCCGCCUCGAAACUGGGCAAGGCCUGUCGCUACGACACCUCCCUCUCGUUUCGAGAGUCCGAGCUGGUGAUUCUGCUGACCGGGGCCCGGGCGCGGUCGCGCACGGAAUUUUCCAUUCACACCGGUGAGGCCCUCAAGGCCGGGAUCGGCAUGGAGGUCAUCGAAGCCAUCCCCCGCGACGACGACUUUUCGGUGCUGGCUGUCCGGGAGCGACUCGUCCCGCUGCUCGAGACCGACCGGGAAAAGGCCAUUGUCGGAUUCGCCGCGGAGCUCCUGGAUACGAGCACGGUCUCGGACGAGACCUACGAAGCGACAAAGACAGCUCUGGACGGCAAGGAUAGCAUUCUGGUAGAAAUCACCAGCAUCGUGGGGUAUUACACGUUUGUAUCCUACACACUAAACGUCUUUCGGAUACCUGCGAAAGCRUAGGUGAUUGGUUCGGUUGGUUUUCUUGUGCCUCUCUAUAGAAAACCAAUGCGAAAURCUAGAAGAAACGAACAUCAAACGGAAYAGCUAYUAGUUUUGAUG